GGCAGCUCUGAAAGCGAGUGUAUACAAACGGUGGGAUCGAUUCUGUCAACAAUUUUUUUUUCUCGUCUUUAUCGAACCACAACGUCAGGCGACCUCGAUUAUUGCAGAGAGACGACGAUUUUUGCUAUAUUAAUGUUGUCAGCGGAGUGGAGUGGUGAAGUCGGUACGUUUUGGUCAUCAGAGUGUGAACAAUGUCUUUGUAGCGAGUAGUGCAGUCAGCAGUAGUAACAGCAAUUACCUGCUGUUCGUCACUGACUGGUUUGUGAUUCAUUGUCGUUCGUUGGGUCGCUAUCGGGAGGAAACUUUCUCCACCAUUAAAACCAUGGAUAAAAUGGAGGAGAUAAAGUACAAAGUGCUGGACCUAAUCAAUAAAAAGAAAGAAGUGAAAAUUCCAAAGAUGGGCUUUACGGAUUAUUAUGUACAACAACAACAGCAGCAGCAGGGAGGUAUGACACAACAAAAACAUUCCUCCGUACCCGGCGGCGGCAGCAGCAGUGGUGGUUCGCGAACAGCUGCUUCGUCUGGGCGGAAUUCGACUGCUUCCUCCUCCCACUUUGAGUAUUCUCCAUUUGACGACGAGAGCGAUCAGCCGGACAGCCACUGCAAGGACUCGAAUGCAAGCAAAAUGUCUGAUCAGGAAAUUCUCGAAUCCACCGAAGCAAUCUACUUCGACGGCGGCAGCAACACUGGCCUUCAUGAGUUGAAGAAAUUAUCCGAAUCGGAUCAACUGCUCUGCUGUCAGAGCAUUGAAAAUGCCAUGAGAACAUUGAAGCAGCAGCACAAAGUAAUCUCCAAAAAAGCCUUACAAUUGAUUUUAGACCAGCGACCCGCCUGUAGAGAAGAGUUCAGUCGCAUCCAGGAAACGGAAGCCCUUCUGCGGGACACUAUCGUUAAGUGUCGCACCACUCGAACGCAUCUGGACGAAUCGAAAACUCUGCUCACAACCACGAAUCUGGAGAUUUUAGCAGCCUACAAGAAACGUCAGACAUUGCUGAAUCUUCUGAAAACAUUAAACACUCUGAAAAGCAUGCGUUCGAUUGAUCAGCGGUUGCAGAAGCGACUCUCGGAAUCGGACUACAGCGGAGCGAUUGCCAUUCUGUUGGAGAAUAAGAAUCUUUCGGAGCGUUUCCAGCAAUACCGGUGUAUCGAGUCGCUGUCGGCCAAGCUGCAGGAUACCCUGAUGAUGAGUGAGCUUCAAUUGGAAACGGUGCUGAACGAAAUACCGACAGGAUUCGAUGCCAAAAAGUACGCCAAACUACAGCAAGCCUACAAACUGCUCGAGAAGCAAUUGAUUGCGAUGGAUCAACUGCAGAUGAACUUUAUUUCCUCGAUUCAUACGGCUGCCUUUACGGCCUUGAAGCAACACAUGGAAGCCAGUCUGGAAGAGGGCAGCAAGCAAAAGCUCACGUUCGAACAGAUGUGUGAAGCAGUUCCGAGCGAGAAGUACAUCCACUGUUUGACCGCUUUGUGCCGAGGAUUUUGGGUGAUUUUGGUGUCCUACUAUCAGGUUCGAUGCUGGCAUCAGAAUCAGAAGUUAUACGAAAAGGGUCGGGAAGCUCAGCACAAAGAAUCGCCGAAUCGUAAAGCACAAGACGGCAGCUUCCACGACGAGUACAUUGACCAGAAGCUGGAGAGUGGACGGUUUCGGAUUUGGAAUGACAUUCAGGCAAAAAUUUCCGUAUUCAUUAGCAGUACCAAGCUAAGUGCGUUGAAGUACGAAUAUUUUAUCCAAAUAUUGGCAAUUGUCCAGCGAUUGAAGAAAGUCGGCAAUGAGUUUUGUGACGAUCCAUCGGAGAAGUUGAUGGAGCACAUGCAACGGCAGAGUGUGGAUUUUUUUCGCCGCUAUCAUAUCAGUUGUUUGGAGGAGAUCGGUUUGUUUUUCGAUCACGAAGUUUGGGUGCCCAUUGGCAGUUUCAACGAUGUUAGUCAGCUUCAGGAAUACAAAAACUUCAGGCACGCUUUUCAGAAAAACCAAAACGGAACAGUGAGACCCGCAAAAACGUCGAACCAAGAGAACAACAGAGGGUUGGAAACGCUGGAAGCUGAAGCCCCGGGUGGUCAACGAGUUACCAGUACCUCUUCUAUGCAUUCCCAGGACGAAAGCUCUCUGUACGGAUCGUGCGGAUAUUUUCUAAGGUUUACCGAAAAAAGUUCACCGUUUGACGGUGGUUUCGAUUGUACCAUGCUGGAGGAGGACAUCCUGGCUGGGAUUGCAGAUGAAUCGUCGUACUACUACUCGGAGGAUAGCAGCGAUAACAAUGAGACAUAUUUUGAUCAAAGUCCUUCGGUGAAAAAAGUUCCAAAACCUACCAAACCUGUUUCUCCCUCGACGACGCCGACGGGUCUCAUGGUGACCAACACGUCACUGACCGUGCUGCGCUGUAUUGGACGGUACUUGUAUUUCUGCAAACUGCUGCAUGCAAUUGCUCCUCACAUCGUUAUGUCUAUGACGGAACUGCUAGACUUUUAUUUGUACUCGGUGCAUGAAAUCUUUUCGCGUGAUCUGCCGGUGCCAAAGGACAACCUUUACUCUGCUGCUCUCAUAAACGUACUCAACCGGAUUCAAUCCGACAUUGUCCCGAAACUUCGCAAAUGGCCCCUCUCGGAUGAAAUGAUCAAAGAGGACCUGGCCAAUCCGGAGCUGCUGUACGGAAUGCAGAAACGGAUCGUAGCCGCCGAAAGUUGCAUAAGCUUGUUCGACCAGUUCCGUUUGAUGGAGGAGUACUUAAGUGGUCUGCUGCAGUCGGAUCCGGCCGGUAGUCAACCGGCGAAGCUUCAACAGUAUCUGACGGAAGCAACGGAUGCUGCGAACGAUGCGAGGAAACCAAUUUUCAUGUGCGUCACAGCCCGGGUGAUCGACCUGCAAAAUGUUCUCCAUUCGAUGGGCAAAGUCAAGUGGGACAUUAAUCACGUGAACGUGCAGCACAGUGCGUACGUCGAUACCAUGAAUAGGGGAGUACAACACUUUGCUAUGCAUCUAGAAGAAAUUUCCAAUCAGCUGGCUAACAUUCCCAAGAACGCCCUGUGGGACUGCUUCGUACAUGUGCUAACGCAUCUACUAGUGGAGGGCUUUGCCAGUACGAAGAAAUGCUCUGCCGGAGGUCGGGCCCUGAUGCAGCUGGAUUUUACGCACUUUAUAUCGAUCGUGGAAAUCAUUUCCGGUGGCAAGUAUCCGGAGCAUCGUGCCUACGUCGAACGGUACAUCAAGGCAUACUACCAGCCAAAGGAUCUACUGGAACAGUGGUUAACCGAGGGUCACGCCCAGGGAUACUCGACGAAGCACCUGGUCGCGGUGGUCCAGUGCGCCUGCACCAGCGACAGGAAGCUGCGCCAACGGUUGCUGGAGUUGGUGGAAAACGGCGCUGACAAAAGCAACGGAGUCCAACGUGACGAUCUGAACAAAGAAUCUUAAGUAUUUUGUUAUUUUUUCUCAAUCUCUCUCUUUCUCAAUCCCUCCCUUUAGUAUUAAUUUAGUUUGUCUGGCUCGAGCUGGAACGUGAAUUAUUAGUUUCAUUUUUACAAGUAUUUUUAGCGGGAAUCUAAAAGCAGCCUAAAAGACAUAAUCCUUAGCGUAAUCUCUGUUUUAUUUGAAAAUAUAUUUUCUGAGUUUAUUUAACUUAACAGAACAAAGAACUAUGUACAUUAAAACUAUCGUUUAAGAAGACAGUGCAUAA